CAGUAGGUAUUUUAUAUCAAUCAACGGUCACACUGGAUUACAGCAAUAAGCAGUGUAUCAUGCCGCCGCAUCGUGGCCACAGUCAAGCGCAAAGAAAUAGCAACGCACACAACCUGCACGACACCACGCGAAGGGACAGCAGGAGACGACUUCAGUAGUCAUGGAGCAAUCGGUGUCCGCACGCUGGCUGCGACGCUAUCGCGCCUUUUUCUUCAUCCUACUCCUGAUCAUUGGCAUCCAACUAUUCCUGGCCUACAAGUCCGUGGACAUUGUCGGUGGCAGCGGCUCCGGCCUGGAUGUGGAUCUCGCGCAGCGCAACCAGCGUGAUGUGGCCUCAGAUCCCGUGAGAGCAGAGCUGCCAGAGAGCCUGCCCCGUCCUGCCAGGCUGACCGCCAAUCAAUUGGGCUUCCAGCCUGAAUGUGAUAUCCAAGCCAAGGAAGCAAUAUCGGCGCUGCAGCGCGCCAAAACGAAAGACUGUCGCCAACAUAUCGCACACAUCGCCUGCUCCAUACAGGCGGGUCGCUUCUAUGCCAUCCAGCUAAAGAGCAGCUGCCCAUCGGGCAACCAUACGGCCAACGUUUCCCUCGGCUGCUAUCGCGACGAGAAGGAUCGCCGCCUGCUCGGCGGCUACUACACCAGCUUCAAGAGCUCCAAUUCCCCCAAUGUCUGCGUGGAGCUAUGUCUGCAGAGCGGCUAUCCGUACGCCGGUGUGCAGUAUGGUCGCGAAUGCUUCUGCGGCUUCGAUCCGCCGCCCAAGGCGGCCAAGCUGCCCGACUCCAGUUGCAACAUCAAGUGUCUGGGCAAUGCCAAGGAGAUUUGCGGCGGCUUCUAUGCGAUGAACAUCUACGAAACGGGCAUUUCCAAAUUCACUGCCCAGCUGGCGGCGAGUACCCCACCGACGGGGGCCAAGCGUGUGCGGAUUGCAUUUCUGCUGACGAUCAAUGGUAGGGCGCUGCGUCAGGUGCAUCGACUGCUGAAAGCUCUGUAUGCGCCCGAGCAUGUCUACUACAUACAUGUGGACGCGCGACAAGAUUAUCUGUACCGCAAACUGCUAGAGCUGGAGCAGAAGUUCCCCAACAUCCGUUUGGCCCGCAAACGCUUCUCCACCAUCUGGGGCGGCGCCUCGCUGCUGACCAUGCUGAUCCAGUGCAUGCAGGAUCUGCUCAAGUCCAAGUGGCAAUGGGAUUUCGUGAUUAACCUCAGCGAGAGCGAUUUCCCCGUAAAGACGCUGGACAAACUGGUGGAUUUCCUGAGUGCCAAUCGUGGCAGGAACUUUGUGAAGGGCCAUGGCCGAGAGACGCAAAAAUUCAUCCAGAAGCAGGGACUGGACAGAACGUUUGUGGAGUGUGACACGCACAUGUGGAGGAUCGGAGAUCGCAGGCUGCCCGCCGGCAUUCAGGUGGAUGGCGGCAGUGAUUGGGUGGCCCUCUCGCGGCCCUUUGUGGCCUACGUGACGCAUCCCAAGCAGGAGGAUGAGUUGCUGCAAGCGCUGCUGAAGCUAUUCCGACACACUCUGCUCCCAGCUGAGUCGUUCUUCCACACGGUCCUGCGGAACACCCACCACUGUCACACGUAUGUGGACAACAAUCUCCAUGUGACCAACUGGAAGCGCAAGCAGGGAUGCAAGUGCCAGUACAAGCACGUGGUGGAUUGGUGCGGCUGCAGCCCCAACGACUUUGUGCCCGACGACUGGCCCCGGCUGCUGGCUACGGAACAGAAGUCUCUCUUCUUUGCCCGCAAAUUCGAGCCGAUCAUCAACCAGGCGGUGCUCCUGCAACUGGAGGAGUGGCUGUAUGGGCCGUAUACCAGCGAAUAUCUGAACCUGCAUGGCUACUGGCAGUCGCUCUACCAUCACGAGGAUAUGCACGGAGCAGCAGAUGACCUCACCAGAUCGGUGGGCGACAGCCUUAUGCGGCUGGCUGGCCAUCAGGCCAGAGUCGAUCCGCUGGAGUUGCUGGAGCUGACACACUACCUCCAUCGGGAUCAGUACAAGGGAUUCCUGGUGCGCUACAGUGCCCGGAGGGCCACCGGCCAGGAUGUGCAACUGGAAACGCGUGUACGACCCGUCCAGCACGGCAAGCUGGCGCGGAAUGCUCGUUUCAGCAAGAGAUUGCGGAACUUUGAGGUCUCCACGGACUUUGACCAGAAGGAGCAGGUGGCCCGCAACUUUGCAAAGAUCCUGGGGCCACAGAGUGACCUGGUAAUCAGCUACACGUAUCAGGGAUCGACAGACUCGGGUGCUGCCUCGCACUCUUACAACCUCACACUGCUGUGGAUCGAUCCCCUGGGUCGGCUGCAGGACUUCAAUGAACUGCAUGUGGAGGACUCGUCCACCGAUGUAAUCAAUCACUCGAGGACCCUCUUCAGCCAUCCAAUCACACCUGGUGUAUGGACAGCGAAGCUGAUUGGACGCAACUCCAUCUACGCACAGCUCAGAUUUCUCGUUGCCCCCAUGGCCUAUGGGAAUGGUGAGCCCCUGGAGAGCAGCGCAGAGGCGGAGAAGCGCAACGGUGGUCUAGGCAUAGCCCUGCCGGAUGACUUUGAGCUGCCAGUGGAGUGGCAGCAGCAUCUCCACACCGACGAUGAGCAGUUCUUGCUGCGAGAGGAGGCCGUGGCCAAUGGAAAACUCACCGGACAGCCGCUGCACAAUUGGAUUGACGUGCUGGUGGGUAAAUUCUUUCAGCUCAGGGAGAGCUGUGUGGUGGAUGCGGGCACAGAACUGUCGCUGCCACUGUGCAGUGACUCCGCGUGGAGUUCGCUGGCAGCCGAUCCCAAAAGCGAUGUGGAUGCUCUGCUCAAAUGAGAGAACCACUCGAUUAUUAUUAGGUCCAUUGUAUUGCCAUUUGCCAUUGAUUCAUUUUGUUAUUAAUUUUCUAGUGUAAAUACCUUUUUUAAGUGUCUCUCAAAGUGCAAGGAAUCUAUUCAGGCACCAGAUUCAAACUCAAUUUACUCAAUUUUUAUGCUCAACAAGCACCAGCCAGUAGGGUUUUUUGUCGUAGUUGUUUUUUUCCUUUGUGAUAAAUGUGUAAACUUGAUACUAAUCGCCAACUUGACUCGGGAUGCUGCUAUUCCAAGUGCAGAUCCUUAUAGUUUGUUUGUUUUUUGUCGCUUUUUAGAGCAUUUUGCAAUAUUAAAUAGCAAUUAGAUUAAGUUAAGAACGAAACAAAGGUCGCCCCGCUUUGUGAAUAUGCCACAGCGCACCCCCAACCACACGUAGCGUAGGGAGCUUGCAACCAAAAAUUCGCAUUAUAAAUAAGAUUUAGCUAGAUCAAAUUCCGCAACUAAGUCAUAAGAUAGGGACGCCAACUAUUAACUCUUUUUCGCUCUACUAAACUCUGUAAGCUCUGUGUGUGUAAUUCAUAUAAAGUUUCAUUCAAUUUUUGAUUCACAUAUCAAUAUGCAACGCCAACAAGUUAUCCAAAAUAAAUGAGCAAUUCUACAUGUACUAAAGU